UUUCUUCAGUCGCACUUUUCCGCGGAAACUCGGCCUGCCGAAGAGCUGCAAGAAGUCGCGAUCGCCGAUCAUUGACCAUCUCAAGAGGCCCUCGAGCCGUGCAGAGCUCGUCUCUGGCUCAGUUCCCAUUCAGCAGCCCGAGAGUGCGGAUUGCGCUGACAGUUUCGUGACACAGUGUUCAAGAGCGCGUGUGGAUUUCUCUUGGGACGUGGCCAGCAGUUUCGCAAAGGAGUUGCCCAACAGCGUCUCUGACCAAGGAGGAUCUCAGUCCAAAAUGCUGUUCUUCCUCGUGGUUUACGUGGGUCCCGUCGUGGCGGCGGGCGUCGGCCUGGCGCUGCUCUACUUCAUGAAGUCCAGCAAGGAGAUGCCCAGGAAUUGGGACGAGUUCCUCACCGAAGCCUGGUUCCAGUAUCACGGCGUGCGCGGCCUGGCCGAGGACAGGAUCAACAGUCGCUACAACGUCGUCGAGCUCUUCAAGCAGCCCGGCCGCGUCGCCGUGAUGACUGGAGGCAAUCGCGGGAUCGGCCUGAAGAUCGUAGAGAAGCUGCUGGACUGCGACAUGACCGUCGUGCUGGGCGUCCGCAAUGUCGAGUCGUCUAGGCGCUCAGUCGCCAAGGAGAUUCCAGUGGACAAAACGGCCGGGAAGCUCUUCUUCGAGCAACUCGACGUCGGCACGAUGUCGUCCGUGCGGAAGUUCGCGGCGGAGAUCAAGAAGAAGUACCACAAGAUCCACAUUCUCAUCAACAACGCGGGAAUCAUGGCGGCGCCUUUCGCUCUCACCGACGACGGCUUCGAGAGUCAGAUGGCCAUCAAUUACAUCGGCCACUUCCUGCUCACGCAUCUCCUCCUGCCCGAAAUCGUGGCCGCCGGAGAGGCUGAUCAGCACUCGCGGAUCGUCAAUGUGUCCUCCUGCGUGCACUUGAUGGGCGACAUUGAUUACGAGAACUUCCACGGCGCCAAGAGCUACUACGGCGCCACGCACUACAACCAGUCGAAGCUGGCCCAGAUCCUCUUCACGAAGCACCUCCAGACACUGCUGGACAGCCGCGGAGCACCCUGCCAAGUGCACGCCGUCCAUCCGGGAGUCGUGGACACGGAUCUGUUCGUGCACAGCAGCUCCACAGUCAUUCCGUGGUUCAAGAAGGCCCUCUUCAAGAAUCCCGAGCAAGGCUCUCGAACGGUGGUUUUCGCGGCGAUUUCACCCAAACUGGAAGGCAAAGGAGGCUCAUAUCUCAGCAACUGCCGCCUCCAUCGGACGCACGCGAUGGCCAAGGACAAGGCAGCCUGCCAGAAGCUCUUCGACUACACGCGGGAGAUGCUGAAAAUCGAGGACUUCGGCCGACCUCAGGGACAUUAGUGAUGUGGAGGUGCUUUUAUAACAAAUAAAUUCAUUCCUUUUAAUCAAUCA